AUGAACCAUCCGAUAUUAGCACAGAUUGUUCCUCAAGUAGCAGCUAUAUCCGAUCGAGCGGAUAAAAUGAAAAUGGUUUCCAAAUUAUCAACAAUGUCAAUUGAUAAAUCAGCAUGUAAAAUUCAAGCAGCAUUUCGUAAACAUCAAGCACGACUUAAAUUAAAAAAACAAGCCGCAUGGCAAAUACAUGAAAAACUUGAAUAUUCUAGUGAACAAACUGAAUCGAAGCUUAAAGAUAUGUUUGAAAAAUUAAUUAAAGCUUCAGGUACACUUUCACCAUCAGUUACGAAAUUACUUCAUAAAGCUGGAUUACCUGUAGAAGAAAAAGAACUUCUAAAAUUAACAAAUCCAGAUAAUAUUCGAGUUGAAACAAGUUAUCGAGGACCACGGAUAGACGGGCCAAUUACAAGAAAAGUAUUUGUCGAUUUAAUUGAAGCUUUUCAACGUGGACAAAUUUUACAUGAAAAAUAUGUUUGUGAAAUUCUACAUCAAGCACGUGCUAUUCUUAAAACUGUUCCUAAUUUUAAUCAUAUCGAUUUAGCAAAUUUACAACAUGUAUUUAUUGUGGGUGAUUUACAUGGACAAUUAGCUGAUCUAUUACAUAUAUUUAAUACAAAUGGACUUCCAUCAACCGAUAAUGCAUAUAUAUUUAAUGGAGAUUUUGUUGAUCGAGGUCGAAAUUCAGUUGAAGUUAUUCUAUUACUUAUGGUUGCUCUUAUUCUCUAUCCAAGCUCAGUCUUUCUCAAUCGAGGUAAUCAUGAAGAUAUUAUGGUUACUGUUCGAUAUGGUUUUCAUAAUGAAGUCAAUCAAAAAUAUCGAACACGGAAAGCACCAUUAAUUGAUCUAUUUAAAGAUAUAUUUAGCUGGUUACCACUUUAUUCAUAUGUUGAUGCUGGAAAAAUGAAAUUAAUUGUUAUGCAUGGAGGAAUAUCAGAUAAAAUCAAUUUAAAAAAAUUAAAUAGUUUAUCUAGAAAUAGAUAUGUAUCUAUUGAAGUACCUCCUGAAUCUAAAUCUGGUGGAAAAAGAUUAACUGAAGAAGAAGAUAAUGAAUAUCAUCAAAUACAAGAUUUAUUUUGGAGUGAUCCUGAUCCUCGAGGUCGUAAAGGUUGUCGUAAAAAUGAUGAUCGAAAAAUGGCUUGUUUCUUUGGUUCAGAUGUAACACAUGCAUUUCUAAAAAAAUAUAAUUUAAAUAUGAUAAUACGUUCACAUCAAGCAAAACAAGAUGGUUAUGAAUAUAAUCAUGAUGGAAAAGUUUUAACUGUUUUUAGUGCAUCGAAUUAUUGUGGUGGAAAUAAUUGGGGUGCUGUUGUACGAUGGGAUUAUAACGAAGAAGAACCAUGGAUUUCAUCGUUUAAAACCGAAGGUGUUGCAAUGGAAAAAUUAAGUUUUAGUAAACAAGUUACUCUAUUCGAAGAUCCAGCUUAUCAUUCGUUGAUUGAAAAGAUUAUGUCAAAUAAAACUUUACUUCUAAAAGAAUUUCUCAAAGCAGAUACAUCUAAAACUGAACAUUUAUCUCUAACAAUCUGGGCUGAUAUUAUGUCUGAUGUUCUUCAAAUGGAUCUACCAUGGCUUAUAUUACGUACAAAAUUAGUUCAAGAAGAUCCAAAAGGAAUUCUAUAUAACACGAUGUUUACUGAUUAUAUUUUAGAUAAUUCGAAAUUUCAAAUGGCAAAUGCGGGUAUUAUGGAAGAUUUAUAUAUGUGGAAAGAUAUGUUGUUAGCAUUAUUUAAUCUAAUUGAUUAUAAUCAUUCUGGUUUUAUAAGUCGGAAUGAAUUUGCGGAUAUUAUUAAAAUUAUACUUGAUGAUGAAAAUGGGUCUGGUAGUGUGAAUGAUGCAUAUGUUGAGGAAUUAACAUCAGCAAUGGAUUUUGAUAAGAAUGGAAAAAUUGAUUUUAACGAAUUUCUUGAAAGUUUUCGAAUUGUCAACGUGAAAAAACCUAUAAUCCCCAUCAAGCCAAGUAAUGCUAAAGACAAAUCAAAUGGAAAACUAAUUGAACAUAAAAUACGUGUAUAA